GGGGUGUGUGGCGCACAACACCAGUCAGUUCCUUUGCGGUAUCAUCAAGAUGACGUUUGUCGGCACCGCGGUGGGCGCCGUCCUCGGCCUGAACACGAAGCUCCUUGUCAACACCUUGCAGAAGGUCCCUCUGUUGCGCCAGCCUUGGGAACACUUGGCGUUGAUCGGCCUCGGUGCCGUGGUCGGCAACCUGGCGACGAACAACGUGGAGAACGACAAGAAAGAAGUCGAAGCCCUCCGUGCAUUGCUCGGCAACGUCGAGCAGCGCAAGGCCGUUCCUUCCGCCCAAGAUUAAUACCUAACCUACUAGAUGUCUCCA